CAUGCUGUCCCUCCUGUCUAAAUGCAUUGACCGGAUGAACCUGUACAACAGCGCUGCCCACUUUGCAGAGGUGGCUGGAGAGAAGGCCGGAACAGCGUGGAAGGACAUCCUCAAUCUCCUCUAUGAACUCCUGGCCGCACUGAUCCGUGGGAACAGGAACAACUGCACCCAAUUCUCCCGCAACUUGGACUGGUUGGUGAGCAAACUGGAGAGACUGGAAUCUUCAUCAGGGAUCCUGGAAGUCCUCCACUGUAUCCUGGUGGAAAGUCCGGAGGCUCUGAACAUCAUUCAGAGAGGUCACAUUAAAUCCAUAAUCUCUCUGCUUUACAAGAAUGGACGCAACUACAAGAUUCUGGAUGUCCUCUGUUCCCUCUGUGUUUGUAACGGGGUUGCAGUGAGAGCCAAUCAGAAUCUGAUCUGUGACAACCUGCUUCCCAAGAGAGACCUGCUGCUUCAAACUCGACUCGUCAAUGAUGUUCAGAGUAUGAGGCCGAACAUCUUCCUGGGUGUGGCUGAAGGUUCAGCUCAGUAUAAGAAGUGGUAUUUUGAGCUGGUGAUCGACCAGGUGGACCACUUUGUAACCGGAGAGCCGACCCACCUGAGAGUGGGCUGGGCCAACACUAAAGGCUACGCUCCGUACCCCGGGGGAGGAGAGGGGUGGGGCGGCAACGGUGCUGGAGACGACCUGUACUCCUACAGCUUUGAUGGACUUCACCUCUGGUCAGGCCGAAUCCCCAGGGCCGUGGCCUCCAUUAACCAGCACCUGCUGAACUCAGACGACGUGGUGAGCUGCUGUCUGGAUCUGGGCGCUCCCAGCAUGUCCUUCAGGAUCAACGGGCAGCCUGUCCAGGGCAUGUUCGAAGACUUCAACACCGACGGCUUCUUCUUCCCCGUCGUCAGCUUCUCUGCAGGUGUCAAGUAA